AUGCGAUAAGCUCAUCAACCUCUCCGCACACCUGGGCACACAAUGGCCCAAAGCCAGAGUUUGCGGACGCUAAUCUCUUCUUUGCGCCUACAAAAGCCUUUGCCCCCAUGAAGCUGGAAGCAUUGUUAACUCUCCACUCACCCAACAACUCCAAGCCGACAUCUUGACAAAAUGCCCAUCCAAGUAACGCGCAUGGCGGAAGCCGACAUCGACGGCGCAGUAACGACAAUCCAAGAAGCCUUCGCAGACGACCCUUACAAGCACUGGGCAUUUCCCGACCCAUCAAAGUUCUCUCCAGUGCGAAAUCGCCUAUCGCUCUCAAUGCGCUGCCGAUGGGGUAUCAAACAUGGUCUCUUCCACGUAGCCCGCGACACAUUGGACCCUACCAAAAUUCUCGGCUGCGCAAUGUGGAUGCCGCCCCACCCCACCUCUGAGCCUGAAUCAUGGUCUCUCUACCUCUCCUACUGGUAUAUUUGGUUGAACCAAAUACGAAUGAAUCUAUGGCAUGGUCGCGGCGGUUUAUCGAAAACACGGUACUGGAUUUGGAAAGCGCGGCAGGCUGAGGCGCAAAAAGAACUGUGGACGGAUCCGAAUGGAUACUAUUUCUGCAAUAUUGUUACUGUGUUGCCGGAGGCGCAGGGAAAGGGUGUGGGCAAGGCGUUGAUCAACGAAGUGCUGGAUAUGGCGGAUAAGGAGGGUAGGAGGUCUUAUUUGGAGGCUAGUAGGCUCGAGCCGAAUGUUGCGAUUUAUGAGAGGUUUGGGUUUAAGUUGGUGAGGGAGAUGGAGUGUAGAGAUGGGGAUGGGGAAAAGGAUUCUCUUACGCUCUAUUGCAUGAUGAGAGAGCCAAAGGGAGUUCAGAGUGGUGAGACCAGUGGAGAGGGAAACAGCAGUGCCGAGGAGACAGCAGGGAAGUGA